GGCGGCGCUGCCCGGGACUGACGGACCAGCCAGGGACUGGCCGAGGAACCGCCCGGCCCGGCCCGGCCCGGCCCGCCUCGCUGCCGGCGUCCGAACGCGCCGCCGUUACUCCGGCAACAGCUCGCGCCGGCGCUGCGUGAGGUCAGAGGUGACGGGGCGGCGCCGGCGCGGAGGGCGGCAAGAUGGCGUCCACGGCGGCCGGCAAGCAGCGGAUCCCCAAAGUGGCCAAGGUGAAAAAUAAAGCGCCUGCAGAGGUUCAGAUCACAGCAGAGCAGCUCUUGAGAGAAGCUAAAGAGAGAGAACUUGAGCUGCUCCCGCCGCCGCCUCAGCAGAAGAUCACAGAUGUUGAGGAGCUGAAUGACUAUAAACUCCGGAAAAGGAAGACUUUUGAAGAUAACAUAAGAAAAAACAGGACUGUGAUCAGUAACUGGAUAAAGUACGCACAAUGGGAGGAAAGCCUGAAAGAAAUACAGAGAGCCCGUUCCAUUUACGAGCGUGCUUUAGAUGUAGACUACAGAAAUGUCACGCUCUGGCUGAAGUAUGCAGAAAUGGAAAUGAAGAACCGCCAGGUUAACCAUGCCCGAAACAUCUGGGAUCGAGCCAUUACCACCCUCCCCAGGGUGAACCAGUUCUGGUAUAAGUACACGUACAUGGAAGAGAUGUUGGGGAAUAUUGCUGGAUCACGCCAGGUGUUUGAACGUUGGAUGGAGUGGCAACCAGAGGAGCAAGCGUGGCAUUCCUACAUUAACUUCGAGCUGAGAUACAAGGAGGUGGACAGAGCACGUACCAUUUAUGAGAGAUUCGUUCUUGUUCAUCCCGACGUUAAGAACUGGAUCAAGUAUGCCCGUUUUGAAGAGAAGCACAGUUAUUUUGCUCAUGCAAGGAAAGUAUACGAGAGGGCAGUGGAGUUCUUCGGAGAAGAGCAUAUGGAUGAGAACCUGUACGUGGCUUUCGCAAAGUUUGAGGAGAACCAGAAAGAAUUCGAAAGAGUAAGGGUGAUCUACAAGUACGCCUUGGAUAGAAUUCCAAAGCAGGAUGCCCAAAAUCUCUUCAAGAAUUACACAAUCUUUGAGAAGAAGUUUGGAGACAGAAGGGGAAUCGAAGAGAUCAUUGUGAGCAAGAGGAGAUUCCAGUACGAAGAGGAGGUGAAGGCAAAUCCACACAAUUACGAUGCAUGGUUUGACUACCUGAGGCUGGUAGAAAGCGACACAGAUGCUGAGACUGUCCGAGAAGUGUAUGAAAGAGCCAUCGCCAACGUUCCCCCGAUUCAGGAGAAAAGACACUGGAAAAGAUACAUCUAUCUUUGGAUUAACUACGCAUUAUAUGAGGAGCUGGAGGCAAAGGACGCAGAGCGAACCAGGCAAGUGUACCAGGCGUGUGUGGAGCUCAUUCCCCACAAGAAGUUUACGUUUGCCAAAAUAUGGCUGCUGUAUGCACAAUUUGAGAUACGCCAGAAAAAUCUUCCACUUGCCAGAAGAGCUUUGGGGACAUCCAUAGGUAAAUGUCCAAAAAACAAACUGUUUAAAGGUUAUAUUGAAUUGGAAUUACAACUGCGAGAGUUUGACCGUUGCCGAAAGCUGUACGAAAAGUUCCUGGAGUUUGCACCGGAAAACUGCACGUCCUGGAUUAAAUUUGCGGAACUAGAGACCAUUCUUGGCGAUAUUGAUAGAGCUCGUGCAAUAUAUGAGUUGGCUAUUGGCCAGCCCCGGCUCGACAUGCCAGAGGUUCUUUGGAAAUCUUACAUUGACUUUGAAAUUGAGCAAGAGGAGUAUGAGAAAACCAGAAAUCUUUACCGCCGGUUGCUUCAGCGGACGCAGCAUGUUAAGGUCUGGAUCAGCUUUGCCCAGUUUGAGCUGUCUGCAGGGAGGGAGGAGAACUUGUCGAGGUGCCGGCAGAUUUACGAAGAGGCCAAUAAGGCCAUGCGAAACUGCGAGGAGAAGGAGGAGAGAGUCAUGCUGCUGGAGUCCUGGAGGAGCUUCGAAGAGGAGUUCGGAACUGAAACCACUAAGGAGAGGAUAGAGAAACUUAUGCCUGAAAAAAUAAAGAAGAGGAGAAAACUGCAGGCUGAAGAUGGGUCUGACGCUGGCUGGGAGGAAUACUACGAUUAUAUUUUUCCGGAAGAUACCGCCAACCAGCCUAACCUCAAACUGCUCGCGAUGGCUAAACUCUGGAAGAAACAGCAGCAGGAGAGCGAGGCUGCAGAGCAGGACCCAGACAAAGACGUUGAUGAAAGCCAGUCUUAAUCCAUGGCCUUUCCCCACCCCUUUUCUUGCGUAUUGUACAGUAUUUUCAUUGGUGACAAAUAAAUGUAUUUGAGGACUUUUACUAUUA